GUUUGUUCAGAACAGUCUUACGAGCUUUUGCUGCCGAAGCGCGUCCUACGAUACACUAGCUUUCAUUUCUUAUUUUUACCUGCAAGUGUAACAGUAAACGAAUACAUUGAAAAAUAAACAUCGACUGCAUAAUCUACAUUUAUACGUUUCUAAAAUUAAACAUUAAAAAUUAAUGAAGAAGAUUUCCUAAUACAUCUCGGUUUUGGUUGUAUAUGUGAGUCGAUUCAGUGGAAUUUUUCCUAAAAUCACUGUGAAAUUUAUAUUUCUGUAAGGUGGCAACGAUAGGCAAGAAUUAAAAGAAAUGGGAAUAAAAAGAAAAAUUAAGAAAAUGGAUAUACAAUUAAAAGAAAUUGAAUCGAAAUUGUAAUUUGUAGUUUGUGCUAAAGUUAAAAAAAAAAAGAAAAAAUCGAGUUACGAUGAGUAAGGAAGAAAAUAGCGAUGGGGCUGCUCAGGAGGGACCUGGUGGUGAAGCCUCGAAGAAAGACGAUAUAUAUGAAAAUCAAGGCACCAAAAAAAUAAUACGUUUGGUCACUGUGAUGGCUUAUAUGUUCUCAGUAAGUUUCGUAGCCAUCGUUUUAAGUGCGUAUUACUUAUUUCUUUGGGAACCACCUAAUCCACGACUUUUGCGAAGACCAAGUCAACUUUCCGAUCCCGAAAUACAAUUUUUAAUAAGCGAUCAAGAAAUUAUCCAAGAUGAACCAAGUAAACCUGGACAGCACGCUAAUGCUACAUACAUUUCGUUCUCUAAUCGUUUUGAUGAUGCAGAAACAUUUGUCAAUAACGAUCAUUCAAAGAAUCGUGAAAACUUGAAAGAAUCUUUGUUUCUAUUAAGAAAGUCUCUAAUCGAGUCUUUCAAAAAUAAAAUCAAUGAUUCAAAGUCUUCUGUUCAAAAUUCCGCUCAAGAAAACCGGACAUCUAAUUCUUUAAAUUAUACCACGUCGAAAAAAGAAAAGACGAUGAACUUGACGAGAAGAUCGAGUGGAAAAGAUGCAAGAAAUUCCUCUAAAAUUAUGAAUCGUAUGUUCGGUAAUAAUGGUACAUCUCAGAUACUGGAGUCUUCGACUAUUUCUGGAGAUGAAGUGAAUAAUGAUCAUUUUACGAAUACCAGAAACCAUUCCGUGUACGAGACGUCUCGAGAUAUUUUUCGAUUAAAUCACAGUUUAAUGAGAAACAUAGUUACCAAUCAAUACAAAAAGGAUGUUUUGUCAAAUUUUAACUCAGAAGCAGAUACGCCUAAUAAAAAAAGUGUAAAAGUUAAAACGCCUCAAUAUCCAGCGAUAAAUAAUGAAGAAGAUCUUGAUAUCCAAAAAAGUAGAGAAGAUCGUACAUAUAAUGUUAACAAUAUAAGUCAAGCAACCGAUUUAAAUGAACAAUCAACCUUAGAUUUUUUCCGUAAUUCGGAAUUUGCAAAUCAUCCAGAACAUCCUGAACAAUCAAAUCAAUCGUCAGUAAAACUAGCAAACAUUGCGUUGAAGUUCAAAGAAACGCAGACAGAAAAAAUGACGAUAAAAUUAUUAACUGUGGCGAACGAGCAAAGUUCUCUGUCAGAAGUCACAACCACUCCACGACAAAAGGAUUUGUUAACUAUUUUAACAGAGAUUGCUGAAUCGUCUACUACUCCUUUGCCAACAACAUUCGAGGAUUUACAAACUAGUUUAAGUACAGAAACCAAAGAAAUAUCUACUAAAAUGCAUUCUAACGUUAAUUAAUUUCCUAGAAGAGUAUUAAAAAUGAUUAAAAAAAGAAUUAAAUUUUACUGUCAAGACUUUUAGUUUUAUCGUGAUACUUAUAUAACAAGUAUUUAGUCAAUACUAAUAAAAUAAUUAUAAAAUAUUAAAAGAAUAUUUUUGAAACAAAUUAUGAUUAUUUACUAAAAUAAUCUUAAUAUUGCGAAAUUAUACAAUUCAAACAAUAAAAUGAUUUUCGUGAACAAGAUCGUUUUGAACAACUGUAACUGUAAGAUUGUAUUUCUUUCGAUACAUUUAAGAAUCGUAUGUUAAUAAAAAAAUUAAGAAAAAUA